AUGCGUUUUCAUUCAAGCUUCUAUUGUUUAUUCAUCAUCGUUCUCAUUUUUUCUAUUGAUGCACGACUUAUCCCAUUACAACGUGAGAUUAAUGAACCGCUGAUUAUUGAUGUUUUAUCAACGAAUAAUAAUCUUAAUAUCCCAGUAAUUUCAACAAAUAACAGAGCUCUUCAACGACAAAAAGAAUCAGGAACACCAUCAUCAACAGGACCAGUUGCUAAUACGACAGUGUGUUAUCCAAUAGUUGGUUGUUUUGAUAAUAAUGAACCAUUUAAUAAUGCUGCCUUAGAAGUACCACAAUCACCAGAAUUUAUUAAUACCGGUUUUCUUCUUUUUACACAAGAAGCACCAACAAAUCCGGAAAUAUUUUCUUAUGAUGCUAAUGAUGAAUCAAUUAUGAAAUCAAGUAUAAAUCCUUCUCGAUGGUUAAGAAUUAUUGUGCAUGGUUUUCAAAAUAAUCGUGAAAGUGUUUGGAUAGCAAAAUUAAAAACUGAAUUACUUAAAUUGAAAAAUGAUGAAAAAUCUGAUGUCAUUGUUGUUGAUUGGGGUGGUGGUGCAAAAUUUCCAUUUUAUGCAAAUGCUGUUGCUAAUACUCGUCUUGUUGGUAAAUUAAUUGGUUUAUUUUUAAAAAAAUUACACAAAUUAAAAGGAAUUUCAUAUGAUAAAAUUCAUUGUAUUGGACAUAGUCUUGGAGCACAUACAUGUGGAUUUACAUCAAAUACAGUUGAUAAUCAACUAGCUCGUAUAUCAGGUCUUGAUCCAGCUGGUCCAUUCUUUUCAGGAAAAAAAAUAGUCGUCCGUCUUGAUAAAGAUGAUGCUAAAUUUGUUGAUGUUAUUCAUUCAAAUACAGAAAUUGCUCUCGGACUUGGUCUUGGUAUAACUGAUGAAUCAGGUGAUAUUGAUUUUUAUGCUAAUGGUGGUCAAUCUCAACCUGGUUGUCCUUCAAUUGGUGCACUUCUCGGUGGUGUCUUAGGUGGUCAAAGUGAAGCUGCUUAUGAACAAGCAUCAUGUUCACAUGGUCGUGCACAUGGAUAUUUUAUUGAAUCAAUCAAUUCGGAAUGUCCAUAUACAGCUUUUCCAUGCCAUGAUUAUAAUAGUUUUAUGGAUGGCAAAUGUCUUGUAUGUCCAAUAUCUGGUUGUGCUCAAAUGGGUUUUUAUUCUAUAUAUUCACUUGGUCGUGGUAAAAUGUAUUUAGCAACAAAAAGCAAUUCACCAUUUUGUGGCUAUCAUUAUUUUGUUGAACUUGUACUUGAUCGAGAUAUGGCUAAAACACGUGGUGAAAUUUAUGUGGCAAUUUAUUCGGAUUAUGAAUUAUUAGCUAAUGUUAGCGUGACUGAAAGAGGGAAUGAUGAUAUUAAAGCAGGUGAUAUUUUUCGACAUGUAUUUAGUUAUCAUACUGAUUUGGGAAAAGUUGAUUAUGCUGUGAUAUAUUUUCAGAAAAAGAUACUUGCUUUUGGAUGGGGUGGUCCAGCAGCUAAUGAAAUUGUUGUUUCACGUCUUCGUCUUAAAUCACUUGAAGACACUGUUGUACUUAGUGGACGUUGUGAUGCAAGUACAAAAGUAGCAGCAUAUACUUCGGAACCAUUGUUACUCAAUCGUUUUGAUUGUCAAGAUUAG